CUCUCGGGCUGCCGGCCGCGCUCACUUGCUCUGCGCUCACUCGCGCGGAGGCUUCCCCGCCGGCCGCGUCCCGUCCGCUCCCUGCGAACCAGGAGUGCCCCCUGCGCGCCCCCGGGCUCCGCUCCGGCCCGGCUGCGCCAGACGCAACUCUGCCCGACGGCGACAUGGGCGUCCCCCCAGUCCCGGAGGCUGGCAGCUGGCGCUGGGGGCCUGUGCUCCUCGCCUUCUUCCUGGCUGCCUCCCGAGGUCUGGUGGCAGCAUUCAAGGUCGCCACGCCGUAUUCCCUGUAUGUGUGUCCCGAGGGACAGAACGUCACUCUCACCUGCAGACUCUUGGGCCCCCUGGCCAAAGGGCACGACGUGACCUUCUACAAGACCUGGUACCGCAGCUCGCGGGGUGAGGUGCAGGCCUGCUCGGAGCGCCGGCCCAUCCGCAACCUCACGUUCCAGGACCUUCACCUGCACCACAGCGGCCACCAGGCCAACACCAGCCAGGAUCUGGCCCAGCGCCAUGGGCUGGAGUCAGCCUCUGACCACCACGGCAACUUCACCAUCACCAUGCGCAACCUGACCCUGCUGGACGGCGGCCUCUACUGCUGCCUGGUGGUGGAGAUCAGGCACCACCACUCGGAGCAGCGGCUCUACGGAGCCAUGGAGCUGCAGGUGCAGAGAGGCGAAGAAGCACCAUCCAAGUGCAUUGUGCACCCACCCUCCUCCAAGGAGAGUGAAAGCAUCACGGCUGCUGCCCUGGCUACGAGCGCCUGCAUCGUGGGCAUCCUCUGCCUCCCCCUCAUCCUGCUCCUGGUCUACAAGCAAAGGCAGGUGGCCUCCAACCGCCGUGCCCAGGAGCUGGUGCGGAUGGACAGCAACAACACUCAAGGAAUUGAAAACCCCGGCUUUGAGAUCUCUCCACCUUCCCAUGGGAUGCCAGAGACCAAGCCCAGGCAACCCCUGACCUAUGUGGCCCGGAGGCAGCCUUCUGAGUCUGGGCGGCAUCUGCUCUCUGAGCCCAACACUCCUCUGUCUCCACCAGGCCCCGGGGAUGUCUUCUUCCCCUCCCUAGACCCUGUCCCUGACUCUCCAAACUCUGAGGCCAUCUAGACCAGCUGGGGGCCGUGGGCAGUUGUGGCUGGGCCUGGGGCAGGUGCAUUUGAGCUAGGGCUGGCCCUCUGAGUGGUCCCUUGGCCUUGGACCUGGUUUCUUCCCUCCUGCUCUAAGCUCAGACUCUUUGAAAUACCCCUGAUGGCCAGACCCUCAGCCUCUCUGGAUGCUACGUGGCAGAAGGGAGGAGGUGUUGGAUCGCUCAGCCCGUCUCAAGGAUGGUGGGGUGCUGGGAUCCCACCCCAGACACCCAAAAUUCACCAGCUACUGAUGCCAAAUGACCUCCAUCUUAGAAGCCCCAGAACUGCCAGCUGUGUGGCAGCCUCUCUCCCUGGGACAUAAGCCUUGGGACCUGACAGCAGAGAUGGGCACCGGGCAGACUUCCCAGUGCCACCCUCCAGGCAUGAGACAUAGGACAAGAUGUGGAGAGACUUCUCCCCACUGUGGUGGACCCAGCUCCCCCAUCUCGCCUGAGAAUGCUCAUCUGUCAAACCUCUUUGUAAUCAUGAGGCUCUGGGGCUGGGCCUGCCUGACCCUGGGCCGUGGGAGCCUUCCCCAGCUGCCUUCUACCAGCCAACUCUGAGGAGCCGUCAACAGGUUACACAAAUCUGGGGCUCCCACUGCCUGCACUCUGGUCCCCAGAAUUCAUUGGCCAGAAGCCCCAAAACGGGAAGUAUAUGCUGCGGCACGGUGGCCACUGUGAGCCAACUGGCAUCUUGGGCAAUGGGAACCAGGCCAGAGGUUGCACCACCCACCGCAGAUGGGAGUGGAGGGGAGAGCCAGGGGCCUGCUGGGAAGGCUAGAGGAGAGGGCUCCACCGCCUGCUCCCUGCGGUCGAGAGAGAUGGUGACCACAUAAUGUACUGCUCAAACUGUGACACUCUUGGGGUGCUAUUCAAAACUACUUGGGCAACAGUGCAAAACCUGUGGGUGGAUUGUAAGAGCUGGGUUUAAAUCCCUACCCUGCUUCCGAGGUGCCUGAGGCCCAGGGAGCCCUCUUCCCCCACCCCCCAGUCUUUGGUCCUCUGUUCCAGUCAAUCUGUGCUGAGCCUUCACUGCAGCGUGAUCCUGUCGGGUGGGAGGGGCGGGCGUGUCCCUCGAAAGUCUUAUGCCCGCUCUGCUCUGGACCCUCUGCUCCCAUCUCCCGCUUCAGGGCCAUGACCCAAGUUUGUUUUUAUACACAUAAACGAGGGGAAUCCUUUGUGGAA